CCGUUGUUAUGACAACGAAACAUAUGAUUCACCACACCUUUAUUUCCGAUAUAAUAUUCAAGUACAAUAAGCGUAAAACGCCGCUGGGCUGUGCUUUUCUACCCUGGUGCCCCAUAAGGAGUGAUUUCGCUAAUAAAACGAACAGAACUAGUGGCGGAGUCCUAAAUAGUGUUGAUUUUUGUGAAGAAAUGACAACGGGAGUUAACGGGUUGGUACGCAUGACCGUAAUUAUUUUGACCUAAAAGUCAAUUACACGGCACACAAUUUGCGAAGAAGAGUGCAUGAAUAUGGUGUAUUUUUAGCGUAGAACGUUCGUUUUGUAGCCGAUUUGUGCGUUGGUCCUCCUUUUCAGUUUCGGUCCGUGUGUUUUAUCAUUUUUCACAAACAAAUUUGAUGAAUGUUAACCCUGAAAGUUACAUUGCCCGGUCUGAAUCUGUAAUGGCGUUCAGCCGUUUUCGCAAUCUAAUCUCCUCGGAAUAUGGAAUUGAAAUGACACUUGAAGAUAAACCAUCCACCUAAGGCAAGUGCUAACAACUAGGGAACUCUUUUGUUGUGAUUAAAUUCCACAUAACUGUGCCGAAGAAACCAAUUUGAAAAAUUACUUCAGAAACUUGUGAAAUAACUGUGAUAGUACAAAAUGUGAUAUGCCUAUCCAACAAUUUACUUUUUAUGAGUGACUCAAGUUCGAAAGACUUCCCAACUUUGUUUUCCUCGGAUUGCUCCAGUUUUGUAGUGUUGCUUCAUACGAAGGGGAUAAUCGGCUAAGCAAAGAUGGAUAAAAUGGACCAGAAAAAGAACUCAAAAUACCGAGGUGCAGGUGAUUCGCACAAUGCGAGACACAGUGUCAACUCAAGUGGCGUCUUAAUGGUUGGACCUAACUUUCGAGUGGGCAAAAAAAUUGGCUGUGGUAAUUUUGGGGAACUCAGACUUGGCAAGAACCUGUACAAUAAUGAGCAUGUUGCUAUUAAAAUGGAACCCAUGAAGUCCAAGGCUCCGCAGCUGCAUUUGGAAUAUAGGUUUUACAAGCUGCUUGGAAGUCAUGAGGGCAUUCCAGAAGUUUAUUACUUCGGUCCAUGUGGCAAGUACAACGCUUUAGUUAUGGAACUUUUGGGUCCCAGCCUCGAAGAUCUCUUUGAUUUAUGUGAUCGUAAAUUUUCUCUAAAGACUGUUCUUAUGAUCGCAAUUCAACUGCUGCACCGAAUAGAGUACGUUCACACUAGACACUUAAUCUAUAGGGAUGUAAAACCUGAGAACUUUCUUAUCGGAAGGCAGAGUACAAAGAGAGAGAAAAUCAUUCACAUCAUAGAUUUCGGUUUAGCUAAGGAAUACAUUGAAUCAGAAACAAAUAAACAUAUACCGUAUAGAGAACAUAAAUCAUUAACGGGAACUGCUCGAUAUAUGUCUAUCAAUACCCAUUUAGGCAAAGAACAGUCCAGGAGAGACGAUCUGGAGGCUUUAGGUCAUAUGUUUAUGUACUUUUUGAGAGGUUCCUUGCCCUGGCAAGGCCUAAAAGCGGACACACUGAAAGAGCGUUAUCAAAAAAUCGGUGAUACUAAACGAGCCACUACAAUAGACACUUUAUGUGAAAAUCAUCCCGAAGAAAUGGCAACGUACCUAAGAUAUGUUAGACGAUUAGAUUUUUUUGAAAUGCCUGACUAUGAGUAUUUACGAAAUUUGUUUACUAGCUUGUUUAAGAAAAAAGGAUACGCUGAUGACGGAGAAUUCGACUGGACUGGCAAAACACUGCCGUCGAAUCUGUACGUUCUUCAGCAAAUCCGAAGAGCUCCGCCGUCAAAUAAAUUAAAAACUAAAUCUGACAAGAGUACGCCAGUAGGUUCACUUCAAACUACUGCUCACGACGUGGUUAUCUCCCCUAACAGAGAAAGACACCCCGCUCCUAAGAAGUAUGUUAAAGUACCCGGGAUCCCGAACGUUACUUUGCUGGUGAUGGGUAAUAAAAACCACUGGUCUCAGGAUACAGGGUUGCAAGUGUGCCAACAAUUCAAGAAGAUUACUAACAAAAACACCGCAUGGCCUGAAGCUUCAAAGCAAAGUACUCUAGGAAACCUAACUCCGGCAGAUCGACAUGGAUCGGUGCAGGUCGUAAGCUCGACCAAUGGAGAAUUAAAUGCAGACGAUCCAACAGCUGGACACAGUAAUACACCUAUUACCCAACCUCAAGAGGUUGAUAUCCUGGAUGAAACCAAAUGUUGCUGCUUCUUUAAGAGAAAGAAGAAAAAAAAUCCCCGCUCAAAAUGACUACAAUAUAGUGAGACCGACCAACACCUCACGUUGUUGCCAUGUGGUCAUAGCAGUGCGGCAACGUUGACUUGAACUUAUUUUUGUGAGAUGACCAUUGUUAUAAACUUAUUUAAAUAGCUAAUUAUUAUAGGUUAGCCUUAAUUAAAUAUAAAGAAAAUAAUUUAAAUCUUACCAUAUCUGUGAAUUGUUUUCAAGCCGCUAAAAUAUCAACAUGUCACACGUUUUCUUUCAUUUGCAGCAUGAUUAUUAAUUUGCACCCACCUCAUAGUGCUAUCGGACAACUAUAGAAAAAAAUUAUAGUCAAAAAUUAAUUGUUGAGAUUUGAACUACUCAUUUCAAUUUUCGUUUUAAUUUCAAGGUUUUUCAAUUGUGCAAGCAAUGGGGUAUUGCAGCAGGAUAUUUUUAAAAUCCAAAUUAAAUUGAACAACAAAUUAUUGUUAAGUGUUAAUUGAAAAACCCUAGUGAAUAAUGUUUUGUGCCGCACUUUUUAUUGGCUACAAAGUAUUAUAGGAUUUGAAUUUAAAUUUGCUUCUCGGGUUUUAGAGCAUUUACAUUUAUCUGGUUAUCAGGUCAAUUACUCAGUAGCAGCAACUUUACAGGUCAUUUCUCUUCCGUACAAAUACUCUAAUUUAAAAUACUCAGCUUCCAUUUUGAUAAAACGAGCAGUUUUAAGCAAACUAGCUUGAAAUUUAAUCAAUUGUAGAUAGAUCUAGGGAAUUAAAACUAUUUUUAACUUUCUAAAUGUAUCUUCGCUACUGUUCACGCAAUACUAAUUGUUAUCAAUUAGUACAGUCACAAUCUAUGGAUUCCUAGUUAUUCUGUAGAAACUGAAAAACUUUGAAGUUGAAUUCAAAUCAAAAUGCGUUUCAGGCUUCACCCUACCGUUUGUAUUUUGGCGGAUUUAAAACGCGAAAAGUGAGCGCAUCUACAGAAGUUUGAAUUACUCGUUUCUGUACUAAUUCAUAAAUUCAUUAAUUUCUUUAUCAGGUUUUCCGUCAUUAUUUAUUACCAAAUACUAUGUUUGUUAUAUAGGAUAUUAAUUUUUAUUUUAGUUUCUAGCGUGUGUUCUAGUAAGCGUUUUAAUUGUUAUUCAAUCAUUUUAUUUCACUUCAAAGAUGUUUUAUGGGGCGUCGUGAUAUGGCUUAUGUUGAAUUUUGUGAGUGAGGUCGAGAUUUUAUUGUUUUCAAAUUAUUUAAAUCACCUUGCCAAUGGUGUGUGCAGUUUUGUCUUUUUAAAAUUAGCCAUACGAAAAUAGUUUAUUCUUACUUAAAAAUGCGAAAUUUUUAACUACUUACUUACUUACUGCGGAAGCCACGGACGAACAAACUAUUAGUAGUAUCUACAUAACCGUUUUUUUUAUGAAUUACACAUCAUUGGAAAGGAUAGUAAAAUUGUGCAUCAAGUAUGUAAAUAGAAUGAAACUUAUUAGUAAACAAGGCAGAAAUUCAAUAUUCAUUAUUAGACUUUUAUAGCUUCACGCUUCGAUUCUUUUGUACAUAGGAAAUUUCUAUUGAAUUUAACAAGAGUUUAUACAUUAGUUAGCUUGUUAUUCAGUAUAUUUUUAAAAUGCCAAAAUGUGUGAAGUUUUUAUUCCCUGAUAAAAUAUUUAAAUGACUUAAAAUGUGAGAGGAUGUUUAAGGGCAAUAUUCUUAAAUUUAUUUUAAACAAGAUUCUUUAUAUAGUCAAAUCAACUAUUAUUCUCCUCUAAUAUUUUAGGUUGAUAGCUAGCGGAUGCUUUGAUUGUAAUUGUGUUCAAUCCUGCGCAAAAAAAGUGUUAGCAAACAUUUACCCACUAGCUGUUUUUUUUUUAAUUUAGACUUUACACUUAUUGGUAUUUUUAUCUGAAACUAUUAGUAUCUGGUUAAAUCAGUGUAUUAAUAACUACCAUACGUUCAUAUGUAUUAGAAAUUGUAUGUAACUGAAAAUUCCAUAUUAACCUUCUUGAUUUAAAAGAGCAUUAUAAAUAUUGCUUUCUCGUUGAUCUCAACUGAAACGAUCGACUGCUUAAUUUCGUUUUUAACGCCCACAAAACUACAUUUUUGAUGCACGUUUCAAUAUUUAAUUGAAAAAAAUGGGGCGUCUGUAUUGCGUUUUAAACUAGCCCCGUUGACAAAGUCUAGAUUUUCCGAACAGACAGGCGUUUUAGGGCGUGUUAAAAUAAGACUAGAACUUGUAUUGUUUCUAAAUCUUUACAUAGUUUGGAUGAGUGCUGGUCUAUUGGAACGCAGACUUGGUACACUCAACAAUUUCAAUUCUUGUAAUAUUUGUACAAAUAUAUUUAGUUAAGAACUACAGCUCAGUAAAUCAUUUGCUAUUUUGCAAUAUUUCCUUUAUUGUAAAAUGUAACAACCUGUUGUACCCAAAAUAAAACAUUUUAAGCU